AUGUUGAAACUGAACAUUGGUGGAAUGCCAUUCCGAAUUCGGAUGGCCAGCCUGUUUUCACGAACAGAAGAGGAGAAAUUGGUGAUGUUUGCUUUGAUGGACCACGAAAUGCGAAUUCGCUCCUGCGACGCCUUUAUCAUCCAGGAUGCGGGAGAGUACUACUUCGAACGAUCAUCUAUGCUAUUUGACUCUGUGUUUAAAUACUACGUCACUGGACAAUUACAUCGGCCGUUGGACGUGUGUUAUCAAGAAUUCUCCAACGAGCUAGGAUACUGGAAGAUUCCCGAGUCCUUGUUAUCUACUUGCUGCUUGCGUGGACCAAACAAAUUAUUCAAGUGUACUAAAAACUACGAAUUAUCACUGUCUCCACGACAUGAAGUAGCAGUGUUCUGUCUUGUACACUUUUCUAUUCAGCCUCCUGUCGAUAAUCCAAAAAUUAUAUGGGAGUCACAUCCUAUUUUCGGCUAUAUCGAGACUUUCUGCAUUAUUUGGUUCACUUUCGAGUUUGUUCUACGGCUAGCUGUUACUCCAUCCAGGCAGAAGUUCCUCGCUGGCGCCAUGAAUAUUGUCGACAUGACAGCAAUAGUUCCAUUUUAUUUAGAAUUAGGACUGGCUAUAUUUGGUAUUGACGUUACCAGUUUGAAUGAUAUUAAAGGUUGGUACUUUACGCUCAUGCCAUAG